AUGGCGUCCUCCUGGACAAAGACAGCGCAGUGGAUCUGGACGCCGAAGUACCGCGAAGAGGACAACCAGCCUGGCCGCUACUUCCUCUUCCGGAAGAGCUUCCAGUGGACUGCCCUUGCGGGGCAGGGCGAGGUCCCUAUUCAUGUUUCUGCUGAUAGUCGCUAUCGGCUUUUUGUGAAUGGCCAACGUGCAAGUUUCGGGCCUUGCAAGAGCUAUGCGGAGCGAUGGCAUUAUGAAACAGUCGACAUUCUGCCGUUCAUGAAGGAGGGGGAGAAUGUCAUCAGUGCGCGCGUGCUGCGUUAUUCCUCCGUCGAGGCUGGUUCAUCGUCCAUCGUCCGAACAGAGUUGCCCGGACUAGUGGUGCAUAGUGAGACUGAGGUUAGUUCCGGUCGAGGCGUGUAA